GAUACUAAUGUUCUGUUUUAUGACGGCCAAGAACCAACGGAUCUUACUGCCGCAACCUUAGUAACACGUGUAUUCGCCUCAUUCACUUGUCAUGGAUAUCUCUGCCUGGAUAACAUACCUGAAGGAGCAUCGCCAUAAGGAAGCUGAACAACUAUGGCGUGGAUUCUCGGACAAAUUUAAUCUCUCUUUAUCUUCUAGUUGGUUUGACGCGAUUGCAAAAUGCUUUAACGCUAUGGAAGAGGACCCCGAGCACACCAAUUGGGCGGGAGAAAUGAAAGCGAUGCUUCGGUCAGAGCGUUGCGAUAAAUGGAGAGCCCAAUACCUUCUUCCGAAGCGGUCUCGACUUCAUGGUAUCAUUCUACGGGCAACAGCACAAGAGUCAUCCGGUGCCAUUGUUAAUGCUCAGAACAUGAUCCAGCAAGCACGCCAUGUUCUCACCAAUAAUGUCCAGGGAGAACUCGCGGGAUUAUUGAUGAGUGCUGCUCCUUUAAAUACACAGACAACUGUAACUCAAGUUCGACAAACAGCAAAUGAGAAAGUAGCACAAGAUGUAGUAAAUGAAGCGAGCAAGGACUCUCAAGAAUAUGAAAACACACAAGACGACCUUAACCUUGACAUGCCACUAUCAAAGAAAAUGCGCAUAUGCCCAUUACCUUCUCCUUUUAGAGCAUCUCCAGUAUCAGAUGAGGCACUGGACAAUGCCCUCCAUGAAGAUAAAGCAGAACAUAUUGCUCGAUUGAAUACGUCACAAAGAAAUGCUUCAAUUAUCACUACCGACGCUUUUACACAUCGGAGCUUCGAGGACCCGGUAGAGAAGGACGAUGCAACCUUCGAUGAAGAUCGGGAUUUCGGGUCUGCAGCAGUCAGUAACGAUGGGGAAGCUGAUCGUAAUCAAGAAGCUGAAGAGAGUGAUGACGAUAACGAUGAUGAACUCGCCGAAAUAAUUCUUCCUCAUGACUUUCAUGCGCUCUUUGAAGCCCUUUACCGCGCCGCAAACAACCAGGCAUUACAGCUCCCAAAGAUGCCCAAAAUGGAAAGUACUCUGAAGAUGACCCUUUUCCAACAUGUAAAGGACCACCUGAUAGCUUACCGUGACUUGUGCAAAGUCAAGCAGAAGGAUUUGUUUGUCGCUGCCUCCUCUGUCGUUUACCUUCAUUGUGCCGAUUCUGAGACCAUCUUCAAGCUCCAUGAUAUGCCUAACCUCCUCGAAAAGACAAAAGAGCCAGAUAUAGCCGUUCCUUCGAACACCCUCUUGCAACUUUUGAAGAGGCUAAAGGAUCAGGCCCAGGAUGACCAAGGAAUCUUUGAUGUCGGGCAACUUGCGGAUCUAAUCGAUAUCGAAAAAGGCUCUUUAGUAACCAAGCGGAGUCAGGGCCAAAAAAUUGAUGCGACAAUGAAACUAGCGCUCGAUAUCUUACAGAUUGUGGUACCUCUGUGUGCUGUGGAUCCGAUCCAUCGUCCUGUCGAUACAGAGCAGAAGUCGCAAGCCGUUUGGGAACGGGUGUUCAAUACCUUAUUUGCGAAAACAGUCGUUACUGCUGUAAUUGGAGAAACAGGAUUGAAAGGUUCAAGUAAGGCGCGAUCUCAGAAUGAGGCCGAAUACGCAGUUGAACGACCCAAAGGGAAGAAGGCGUCUCCUCGAAAAGUCGACUGCAAAUUUGUUGUCUCUGUCGAGCAUAUGAAGAAGUGGGAGUUUGUUACAAUUUCGAACAGUGAGAUGAAGCCCUUGCGUUCGACUGCAGUUGAAGUGGAGAUGAUGGUGAGAAAGAAUAUUCGCCUCAACCACUUUAUUAUCAAUCAAACUGGAACACCCAAAAUGUAUUUCUUGAAUAUGCAAGCCUAUUCUGCAAGUCUGAUGUCGUUACGUGAGCAUGAUGGUGCUCAUGUCUGUGGGAAGGUCUUGAAUCAUGAUCUGCUCAUCCCUACGAACCACCUGGAACUAGAAUGCUUCAUGGAUGGUCGAACCUUGGCUGCAUUGUUCUCCUUGCGGUCAUACUUCCUUCAGGUUGGACGUAAACUUGCUCUUCAGAGAUUGAACUCAGGAUCAAGAGAUAUCACUCUCAUUUCUGCGUUCUCGAACGUUCGGACCUUUUUUACUCCACAGAUGUAUAAAUCCAUGCCUCCCAUCACGAAGCGACCACCACCCCCACCGAAAAAACGUCCCUUCUCUUCCUCCUCCUAG